AGAGCGCUUCGUCGUGCUCGGAGCGCCAUGCAAGCGGCGGAAGAGGGCGAGUUCGUGGGCGCGCGGCUGGGCGCCGGCCUCCGCGCCGCCCGCUUUGCGUCGCAGCCGUCCUCCGAACAGUUCGCGGACGACGUCGAGCCCAAGAACGUCCCCGCCGUGUUUCGCGGCGUGGCUAAGGGGUGGGACGCCUCCUGCCGGUGGGAUCCUCUCCAUGGCGGCCUCGACUACUUGCUGGGAAAAGUGGGACCUGAUGUUGCAGUGGAGGCUAUGAUGUCGAACACUGCGCAUGUAUUCUAUGGGGAUCUCAGAAGCCAUGAGAGGGUGUCUGUUCCAUUCUCCACGUUCAUUCAAUCAUGCAAGUCUUACCUGAGGCGUGUAAAUGCGGCUGGUGAUUCAACCAAAGAGCAGGGAAUUCUCCAGGAGCCAGCUUGUUUCUGGGAGACGUGUUCAAGCAUCUCAGAGAACUCUGAGCAAAUCUACUUAGCACAGGUGUCAAUUCUCAACACUGAGAACAAAGAUAGAUGCUCGUUGGAAGUUUUGAAAGAGGACAUUCAGGAGCCUAUAAUUCUAAGAGGAAAAUCAAUAUCAUCAAUAAACUUUUGGAUGAAUAGGGCUCACUUGAGAUCAAGUACUCAUUACGAUCCCCGCCAUAACCUUCUUUGCGUGGUGGCUGGUUGCAAAAAAGUAACUUUGUGGCCUCCUUCUGCAUCCCCAUUUUUAUACCCAAUGCCUGUGUAUGGUGAGGCCUCCAACCAUAGUUCUGUCAGCAUUGAGGAGCCAGAUUAUUCAAGCUAUACAAGGGCAAGAUACAUGAAGGAAUAUUCUGAAAGAGUCGUUUUAAAUAGCGGGGAUGUUCUUUUCAUACCAGAAGGAUGGUAUCACCAAGUUUACAGCGAUGAUUUAACCAUAGCAGUUAACUUUUGGUGGAAGUCAAGAAUAAUGACUCAAAUGUUAGAGCAUAUGGAUGCCUACUAUCUACGCCGAAUCUUGAGCAGAUUGGUGGAUAAGGAGAUGAACAUAAUGGCGCAGAAGAAUCCUUUUGGUCAUUCGAAAGAUAGCACCAGUGUUCAGCCUAUGGACAAAGCAUUGACAGGUUUCCAGCUAUUCAAUUUGCAAAAAGAUUCAUUAUUGCAAACUCUGGAAUCCUCCACUCUCCAAGCACUUUAUGAACUCAUCUCACUGGUUCACGACAGUGUUGAAGUGGUUAACCAAAAUGACAUAUCAGAACCCACAUCUCAGGAUACAUCUUCCAGCCAAAGCAAUGAAACAAAGAAGACUGCUGCUGCAGAUGAUUCAUCGCUCUUGGACAAAGAUCCUGUCACGAAAAUCAUUUUGCCAGUUGAACCACUUGAAUUGCGGAGUAUGCUGCUUGCAAUGGUGCAUACUUUCCCAAGGACAUUAGAAGCUUUAGUCCUCAACAUGCUUGGACCAGUAGGAGCAGAGAUACUGACUAGGAAGUUUGAUGAGAUGGAUCAACAAACCACAAAAGAAGAACAGUCCGAGUUCUACAAGAUAUUCUAUAGUGUGUUUGAGGACCAGUAUGCUGCAAUGGAUGCACUUCUCAAUGGGAAGGAAUUAUUUUCCUUUCAGGUAUUCCAGAAUGUCCUAGAGAAAUAUCUCAGGGUGCAUGUUGACCGACCCAGCUAACGUGCACAGACCAGUGAAUGUAUCAUGGAGCUAGUGGGCAGCCUACAGCCUCCAGUGAAUGUUAGAGAAAGAUCGUUUGAGCGGUUUGUUGAAUCAAAGCUGGGCAGAUGGCCACAUUGUCGUUCAGAACUUAGCGUACUGAUGAAGGAAUGUUUGAGCUUCGCACUUGCAGCCAUCAGUGUGUAAUGUGAGCUUAAUUGGAUUGGUGGGAGUUUCUAAGCAGUACGGCCAUGUAUGAUACUUGUUUCCAGAACGAUCUGGUUAUACGGAAGUUAUGCACAUGUUAAUUCUAGCACCCUAAACGGGUCGAAUUA